UCACUUGAGUCAAAAUAUACCGAGGAGCUCUGCAUACACACACACAUACACACACACACUGCUGAAAAGCUGACAUGUCGUUCAGGUUCUUCAUCCUCCUACAGUGCCUUUCUAUGACACUUCAACAAGAUCCUAAAUUAAAUGUGACCACUCUUCUGCAGUACCAUUUGGAUGAUACUGACUCAGUUAGUGUCACAUGUCAGCAUGAUGGAUGGGAAAACUGGAUUGUCGGUGCAAGGCUGCUGGAGGGGGAGAAUAGAGUUUGCGAGGUGAAAAAAGACAAAUGUGUAUUGUCUAAAAUGGGCAACCAGAUCAAGUUCACCUUGAAGAAUCUAAAUUCUGAAGAAAAAAACCUUUACUAUCAAUGCCAGGUUUACCGACGCAGCCCAAUUCCGGUCACUACUGCAGUUGGGGAGAAAAUUAAGCUGUUUCCAGGUUUUAAAGAGUGCAGUUGUCCAAAUGUCCCACAUGACAACAUGACAACAUCUGGCCCUGCUCGCCCCUGUCCUGAGAUUCUCGGCCUCUCUCGCCCUCUCACCUGGGCUCUGAUUGGUCUGGUGUUUGUGCUGUGCCUCUAUAGCCUGUGUGUUACUGCUGUCUACAUCAAGCUGAAGGUCAAAAGGUCUGAAGAGAUAUAUGACACGCUGACUUAUGUUCCAAUGCAGGUCAAACCCAAGAAGAAAGUGAAACGCUACGAUGCAGACAAGAACGCAGAAUACAUGGAUAUGCGUAAAGUGCACCCGCAGGCAGGACCCAUCAGAGACAUGAACUACAACUGUCGUCCCGUUCCUACUGGCUUCACCAUGUGAUCCACUGUCAUUUUCAUAAAAGCAUCAAGUGCUUAUAGCGAGUAAACUGCAGCCUCUGUUGUACUCACCUUCACAAGGACAAACAACUAAAAGCAGUUAAGUCCACACUGGAAGAUAUACAGUCGUGUGAGAAAGUUUGGGCACCCCUGGACAAAUUAUGUUUCGCUGAUUUUCUAAGUGAAAAUAAGUGGACAUCGUCUACAGGGAAGAUAUAUUUUAAUACAGAGUUACUAUUUAUCUGCUCAAUGCAAUUGGCGGAAAAAAAAAAAACAUGAAAUGCAGAGUGUGCAAAAGUUAUGGCGCAUUUUAGAUUUAGAUUCAUUUUUUUUUUCAAUAUGUUUAAGGCAGCAAAUACAAAUUGUGCACUAAAAUUUGCCAAAAAAUGCCACAUUUGAGUUUCCUGUAGAGGAUGCGUUCACUGAUUUUCACCUCGAAAGUCAACAAAACGUCAUUUUCUUCAAACUUUUGCAUACCACAGUAAAUAUAUUGACACAGCAGCUGCACUGCUGUGAAGUCCAAAGUCAACAUUUGUUAAGACAACUGUUUUUUAUAACUUUGUCAAAAUGUUAAGACAACUUUUUUCUAUCAUUUUGUUUGCUUUUAAGCUACACAUACAUUACUAUACUUUAUUGUUGUACUUUGAUCAUUGUAUUUGUUAUGCUAAUGUUUUAUAGUUGCUUGGGCAUCGUCAGAUUAGUUUUAAGUUAGUCAAGAUUGCCAAAUGAACAUAUCGUCGCUGUCCAAGACAAAAAAUUCCUUUACUGUCCUUUACGUUGUGUGAAAAAGUCAUGAAAGAACCAACAGAAAUGUUACAAAAUUACUUGAAAUAAAAUCAGCUUUCCGUUACAUUUACUGCAUUUUCUUUCUGAUUUGGAUUAACGAUUUUUUUUUCAUAUGUUAUACUGUUUGAUUUUUAUAAGAGUGGAUAUUGUGCGUAUAGAGCUGAUAACAGUUUAUGUUUAAAAAAAAUAGCAACAGCAAUAAUGUUAAGAUGUUUCUUCUUUAUGUCAUGAGUUAUUUUUGUUUUAUCAGCAUAUAAUCAUUUUCUGUAAAUGUAUGUAUCUAAUUAGCUUAAACUAAAUUGUCUAACAUUGAAAGGUCUGGUUGGAAGUGUUUCCUCUUUACACUUCAAGAAAAACAAUUCAGAUUUCAGUAUGCAGUGUAAGUGUUUUUUGGAAUCCUUGGUAGACAUCAACAGCCUCUCAGUUAAAAGUAAACAACAGUAUUUAAUUCACUCAAGAUCAAAGAUAUUUGG